AUGAGGCGCGAGAGCGACUCCCUGGGUUCCCAGGUGAACGACUCUGACGGAGAUGACCAGGAAUUCGGUGAAUAUGCCCUGGACUUCAUAGCUGACUCUCCAGCCACAUUGGAGCGCAGUCUGUCUCCAGCCGAUCUGGUGGCCUUCCAAGGGUGUAUCAUCCCUCCUCUCACCCCCCAGCGGGAGCCCUCUCCAGAGGACCAGGACCAGCAGGGCUACCCUUCCUCAGACCCAGGCCUCGGCCAGCAUCAGGCCCAGGAUGGGAUACUCUGGAGGGGCAUUGCUCAGCACCACACCAGGGUCCUGGGACACACACUGGAGACCAACAGCCAGCUUCACCUGACCGUGAGCAGGAGACAGGAGGAGAUUAAUGCUCUGCAGCAACGCAAUGUCCACCUCAGAGAACUGGCCAUCAGAGCUAAACACCUAGCCUCUGUACUGGAUAAGCUGAUGAUGGUGAAUGAACCGUCAUGUUUUCGACAACCCCCAACUUCCCCCUGUGACGAACCCCCCAUGUCAACGAUCCCAUGUAAGAGGCAGCGUCUGGACAACACCUGUGACGACACAUCGCCCCCUGGGUGUGUGGAAGACAUCCUACGGGAUGUCAGCGAGCGCUGCAACACCGUCCUGCACCACAGCACCGCUCAACCACCUCGUCCCCAGGAUAGGGACCCAGAGAGAAUACUGAUGUUUGGGGUGUUCUCUGGACUGCAGACAUCCAGGACCACAGGUGGCCCUGUGGUGAGCAUGGAGGGCGCAGAGGCAGGAGAGAGCAGUAGUGACUCGUCUUUCAGGACUUCAAUUAGAGAACACUGUACGAUCAGGACUCAGACCUUCCCUCACGGACAUGCCUUCACCUCCAGGACGACCCAGGGAGGGUACCGCUUCCGCUGGGUUCCCAGACAGAGCUAGCCCUUACAUUUUACAUUUUAGUCAUUUAGCAGACGCUCU